GCUCAGUUUAGUGCGGCAGGAGAGACUAGAUGCAAACAGACUGCGGAUUUAUAAAAAGAACCCGACUACUGUACUGACGAGAGCUAUAUUCUUCAGAGAGCUCGGAUAACUCACACGCAGGAGCUUCCUGGUAUUGUUAUUUUAUCAUCGUGGAUUUGUUAAACAUUAGCACAAUUCGUAAUCGAGAUUGACAUUUACGAGCGAGUUUUCCCAAGUUUGAAUUGAGUUGCCCCAGAAAUGGUGGGCCAUCUACACUUGCAAGCGAUGGAUGACAGCUUGAAAGGGAAGAACCGCGAAGGGCUGCUUGACAGUCCGGAUUCAGGGCUGCCUCCGAGCCCCAGCCCUCCUUUCUAUUCCAUCUCCCCGGGUAUACUGGAGAGCCGAGCCGGGCGAAGCAGCACACCCAUUGAACAGCAUGGAUACAAUUACAGAAAGGACAGCAAAGAAGGCAAACUGUUGCCGUAUCUCCUCCUGAACUCCCCUGGGACUGAGAUGAAGCCCAGAAUGUACCCGGUGUUCUUCGGAGAAAGCAUCGAGGUGAAAUCAGAACCAGCUAAAGAAAUCAGGUGCAACUCGGAGGUGAAGUACGACUCCGACAAGCACUACAGAAAUGAAGUCUACUGCGCCCCGAUCCCCACUGUCACCUCUUACAGCGAGACCGUCAUAGCGGCCCCUAACUGCACGUGGCGUAACUACAAGUCUGAGCUCCUGUUCGAGCCCCGACAGAAAGCACUGUGGUUCCAGAGCACGACCAUCAUCUUCCCCAAGCACGCCAAGAACAUUUACAGAACCACCCUCAACUACAACUCUGCCAGCACCAAGAGGUGGUUUGUGUCCAGCGUGCAGCUGAAGUCAAGCGAGGACGCCAGUCCCUGUAUAAUCUACACAGAGGACCUUUAACUGGUGCAUCCAAUAAUGAGAGAGUCCUGUUAAGAUUGACAUGCUGGGCUUAGCAGCUCUUUGCUAACAAAGAAAAGGUACUUGAAAUUUUAAUAGCAGGACUUGCGCUGUCUGGAUGAGUGUACAUAUUUAUAUACAUCAUAUACGUUUGCUGCCUAAAGCAGACAUUUUUAAUGUUAUUGCUUGGUCGUCUUGGUAUAGGGUAACGCUCUUAUUUUUGUUUCAGUUUGUGAUCUGUGUUUAUUUGUGUUCUGGGAUUUGGUGGAGUGUGCCCCGUCAAGACUAUGACUGUAUCUCCUGGGUUGGGAGUGAGAUUGGGAGACCGGCUCUUUUUCUUUCAUUCCUUAGACACUACUCCCACAAGACUCCGAACUGCCUGCCAGAUGUAGCAGGGGUGUAUGAGGGAAACAGAAUUGAGAGUUUAUGAUAAGAUUAGGCAGGUGUGGUGCCUUUGAUGCUCUGGUAUACCCACCAUGGUCCUUUUGCUCAGUAUACCAAACAUUUUUCAUUUGAAAUUGCCAGCGCUACUGUCAGAGAGAGAGCCCUCAUGUAUUAACCAAUAGUAUAUUUUGUCCAAAACCACAUCUCAACUUUAUAUGAAAACAAUAUCCUGCCAAGUGUCCGGGUAGUGCCUUUUAAAUAUUGGAUGUAAUAUUAAGCGUUUGAAUGCGCAAUGCAGAUUAAUUUUAAUAUAUUUUUGGUUGUGUUUCUGAAACAGAUUACUAUGCUCAUGAGUAAAAUCAUUCACCUGGUGUAUAAUAUAAGUGCCUUUGUUUUCUUUUUUAAACAUGAUUUGGUGGUAGCAAAAAAAAAAAAAAAAAAAUCAAAUUGUCUGUAUUGUGGACCAAAGAUUUCAUACAGAAUCAGGUCAAGCUGCAAUGUACUGAUUUGUAAAGUGAUAUCAGCAAUGCAAGGCCUUAUUACUUCAGUAGGAAUGCUUGUUUUACUUGUGGCAGUGUAAUUCUAUCAUAACGUAUUAAAUUAUUUUGUCAAUGUACUUUAACCAGCUUUUCUCUUUGCUAAAUGUAUCUAGUCAAAAAGGUAACAUUACAUUCUGAAGGACAGCUAAGCAGGAUUUUCAAGUGGAAAAGCUGAUGCUACAGACACGGACAAGAAUUGUGCUCCAUCUUAUGUUUGUCAGUCAUUCUUAAAAAAUACAAAACACUGUCAAUGAGAAAAAACAAGUUCAAAUGACACCACCAAAGAGAUGACUUUUCCAAAGUGAAGAGGAGUCUGGUUUGUUUGGUAGGUCUCUGUGGGCCUUCCCUUAGCUUUGGUCAUUGCUUAGCUUUGGCAUUGUCUUGGAGGCCCGGUUUAUGCCAUACGCUGUACCUACAGUAUCUGUGAGAUAUCUUUAUAAGGUCGAAAUUUAGGGAAAAUCUAAAGUGAUGCAAUGUUUGUGUCCUCUGCUCUAUAUAUAUCUAUCUUAAAUCCUCCACACCUGUAUUGCAUUACUGCACUGCUAAUGCCAAGUAACUGGCUUAGGUAGCCCUGGUUUGUUGUUGUAACCUCAUCUAGGAAAUAUGCUUGUUGUUUUUUAAUGACCGAGACAUGGACACUGUAAACAUUCAUAUCACUGUGCAAUAUCAUUCGUCUCAUCUCCUCUUUCCAUUUGUGCAUCUUGGGCCCUCAUUUUCAGAAGUCGGUAAUGGGGUUUACUAAACAGCAUGGAUUAUAUUUUACUUUUGACAUACAUUUUAGGCCCUUAGCACAAGUCUACUUUUCAAUUCACACACAAAAUGUAUUCCCUAUGUGCUAGCAAGCCUCAAACAUUUCAGCCCUGCAGGUAGAUGCCUGUGUUUCUUGAAGCUGCGCUGCAGUUAAUGCGAUGUGAGCACCAGCCACCACAGAUUGCGUUCAAGGAUAGAAAAUGUAACUGGAAGGAAAUCCCUCAAGUCUGCCAUUGUUUCACAGUGAUUUACAAGCCUGGGACCCUGGCCUGGUGCAGGAAGCAGGGCAAGAAGCAGGAAGCACAAUGAAUCAUAAAUCAGCUUUUUACAGCUUGUCACAGGCACUUAUAAAAGACGACUGAAACAUAAAAAAAACACUUGUAAAGCCAUGCCGCCACCACGCUGUGUUGCUAAUACAGCAUGUGCACGUAGCACUACCUUAUAAAUCUGAAGAUUAGCAGCAUCUGAUACUACCCAGUAUCAGCCGCAUGUCAUUUAUUCCAAUAUAGAGAAAUGUACUCCUUAUCCAUCUUUUUGUAUUCUACUGAAUCAUUUAAAGGUGCUUUACAGAGCAUAUCAGCUCUUGUGUAGGCAAAUGACCACCCAUAACUUCAAACCCUUAAUCAUAAAAAUGAGAGUACUGCUAAAAAAAAUAACAUGGUGAUGAAAAUCAGACCAUGGUUUCGAUGAAAGGAUUUGCACUGCGAGACUGCUUUUUCAGAUACAGUAGAAUGCCAGACUGGAAGGUGGCUGGCCUGUAUUGUGUACAGUGGCUUGGUGGCUGACCUUGAAAGAAAACAAUGUUGUAUAAUUCAAAGAUUGAUGGUGGGUUUGUUUUAUAUAACACCUACACUUUAAAUCCAGUUUAGCUGCCCUACAAAUCUAACUUAGUGUCUUUCAUGUUGUUUGCCGUGCAAACUCUUAAAAUUUAAUCAUAUAAAAAUGAAAAAAAUAUAUCAAUAGUACUUGAAGAAGUGACCAAAUCUUUUUGAGGAUUUUUUUUUCUUUAUGACUGAAAAAUGAAGAGCAUUAAAAACAAAUUAAUCAAUUAAACAAAAACAAAACAAAAAAAUGAAAAUAGUCAGUUUUUAAACACCUUGCAUGUUAGUUGGGAGGAAAAAAAAUGGAUGAUUUUGAGAUCAGUUCAACACUUUGAUUGGUUUAUGCCUCUUCAAAUAUUUCUAAUUUGUUGUUGAAGGAUAAACUUUUAAACAUUGAUGCUAACGCUGAGUACUGCCCUCCCAGAAACACAAAAAAGUCUUGACCUAGAAAAAAUGUGCUAAGUGAAUUGAAACAGAAGCCUGGCUGCCUAAUCUAAGGUACAGAUUCCCUUUUGUGCAGCUGUGCCAUGACUCAGUUUCAGCACCUAUUGUGAGAUAAUGUAAGGGCUGUAUAUGUAAUGAAUGAAAGUACUUUUGAUUUUGCAGGGGUGGGUUUUGUAGCCACUGAAUCUUAAUGGUUAUGUUUUUAAUAAAAAGGGAGACAGGCUGCCACAUAUGCUACUGAAACUUAUCCUCACCGAAGACAUGGAGAGUUUUAGCGACAUGCUAUGUGAUUUGUAAUAAGACAUACUGAUGGAAGUAUAAAUAUCUUAUUCCGUGGUCAGUUGUUUUGUAGAUUUCAGGAUGUUAAUAUGUAUCCAGUUCAUCACUGCUAGAAAACCAAUCUUGCCUGUGAUGUUGCACCUCAUUGCAAUAUUUGUAAUCAAACUGACAUUAACGUUUUUAAUGCCUUCAUCUUAUUAAAGAUUUUGACAAUUAUUAACAAGGAAAACUGUUUAGCAUAAUGCAAUUCUACAUGCACCUUGCUCAUAUUAUAAAGUAAUUAUGAUGUUUCUUGUAAUUCCUGAUUUGCCUAUUAUUCUUAAUAGGUAAUGUCAAUAGCUGCCUAAUACAUCCUGUAUAACACAUUUAGAUGUAUAAUGAAUUCUUCAUAAUGGAUCAUUAAACUAAAGUGUUGAUAAAUAUACAUCCUGAUACAGGUACGUUAUGUACUGACCUUUUAAUGUUUGUGUUACUGGUCUUAUUUUACAUUUUGCUUUCCUCUGUUUUUUUCCUUAAACACAGUCUGCCAGUUUCUCUUCAUGUUGUUCAACACUGCAUAAUUGCAUUAUAGAAUUGCUGCCAUGUUUUUUAUUUAAGAAAUAUGUAUUCUGGUGAAGAUAAUGCUAUUACUGUAUGUUUAUGUACCAGCAUUUUAAAUUAAAAGUUAAUCGCAGAAA